AUGCUGAGCUACGGCGCGGAGGUUCUCUUCGGCGGCGGCCCCUCCGCUUUCCGCAAGGAUGCCGGCGGCGGCGGCUUGCGCUCGGCGGGGCCGGCCGUCUUCUCGCGCUCCGGGGCCGUCUCGCUGGCCUCCAGCGGCUUCCACUCGCAGCCCUGGUCGCGCUGCUCGGCCUCGCCCUCCCGCCGCCAGCUGGGCUCGUCCACCGAGAGCCUGGAGUCGCUGGCCCCGCUGAACGGCGAGCUGCGCGGCGGGCGCAACGAGAAGGAGGUGCUGCAGGCGCUCAACGACCGCUUCGCCGGCUACAUCGACAAGGUGCGCGGCCUGGAGGUGCAGAACCGGCAGCUGGAGGCCGAGACGGCAGCCCUGCGCCAGCAACAGGCCGGCCGCUCGGCGCUGGGCGAGCUGUACGAGCGCGAGAUCCGCGAGAUGCGCGGCGCGCUGGUCCGGGCGGGCAACGAGAAGGGCCAGCUGCGCCUGGAGCAGGAGCGGCUGGAGGAGGAGGUGGCGGCGCUGCGCCAGCGGCUGGACGACGAGGCCCGCCUGCGCGAGGAGCACGAGGCGGCCGCCCGCGCCCUGGCCAAGUUCACCGAGCAGGCCCAGCGGGCCAAGGGCGAGCUGGAGAGGAAGCUGGCCGCCCUGGGCGAGGAGGGCCUCUACCUGCGCCGCAGCCACGGCGACGAGGUGGCCGAGCUGCUGCGCCAGAUCCAAGGCGGCGGCCCGGCGGCCGUCUUCGAGAUGCGCGAGAUGCCCGCCCUCCAGUCGGACGUCACCUCGGCGCUCAAGGAGAUCCGCGCCCAGCUGGAGGGGCACGCCUUCAAGAGCUCCCUGCAGUCCGAGGAGUUUUUCCGAGUGAGGCUGGACAAGCUGUCGGAAGUUGCCAAGGUGAACACGGACGCCAUCCGCGGUGCCCAAGAGGAGUUAUCGGAAUAUCGCAGGCAGCUGCAGUCCAAAACAACAGAGUUGGAAACUCUUCGAGGAAUGAAGGAGUCCUUGGAGAGACAGAGGCUGGACAUUGAAGAUCGCCACCAAUUGGAUGUCCAGUCUUAUCAGGAUACAAUUGCCCAGCUGGACAACGAGGUGAGGAAUACCAAGUGGGAAAUGGCCGGGCAGAUCAGAGAAUACCAAGAUCUGCUGAACGUCAAAAUGGCUCUAGAUAUCGAGAUAGCUGCCUACAGGAAGCUGCUGGAAGGAGAGGAAUGCCACUUUGGCAGUGGGAUGGGGAUUUUCCCUUUCCCCGAAAUCCCACCCAAGACCCCUAGCAUUCCCACUCACAUCAAAGUCAAAAGUGAGGAGAAAAUUCAAGUGGUGGAGAAGUCGGAGAAGGAGACGGUGAUUGUCGAGGAAGUGCAGGUGACCGAAGAAGUGACGGAGGAGGAAGAAGAGGGCGAGAAAGAAGAGGAAGCGGGAAAGGAGGAGGAGGAAGAGGAGGAAGCAGAAGAGGAAAAAGAAGAAGCUGAAGGAGAAGAAAGUGAAGAAGCUGGAACAGGAAAAGGAUCUCCGUCUGCGGAGGAGACCUCAUUGCCAGAAAAGAAGGGAGAGGAAGCCAAAUCUUCUGAGAAGGUGAGUUCUCCCGCAAAAGAGGAAGCCAAGUCCCCCGCCAAAGUCACGUCUCCUACAAAAGAAGAAACUAACCGGACUCCAGAAAAGCUGAAAUCUCCAACCAAGGAGGCAGAGAAACCUCCAGCUCUGAAGAUCCCAGAGAAAGUGGCUUCCCCAACAAAAGAGGACCUCAAGACACCAGAGAAGCCGAAAUCUCCAGCGAAGGAGGCAGAGAAACCUCCAGCUCUGAAGAUCCCAGAGAAAGUGGCUUCCCCAACAAAAGAGGACCUCAAGACACCAGAGAAGCCGAAAUCUCCAGCGAAGGAGGCAGAAAAACCUCCAGCUGUGAAGAUCCCAGAGAAAGUCGCUUCCCCAACAAAAGAGGACCUCAAACCUCCGGAAAAACUCAAGCUUCCUCCAAAAGAGGAAGCUAAAUCUCCAGAGAUGGUCAAGACCCCCAUCAAGGAAAAGGCUAAAUCUCCCGAAAAAGAGGCAGCACCCCAAAAGGAACCAGCCAAGCCGGCUGCCAAAGAGGAGAAAGAAGAAAAAGAAGUGCCAGCCAAGCCCGUGGCCGAGAAGAAACCGAGCAAGAAAGAAGAGGAGACCAAGCCGGAGAGCCCAGCCAAGGAGGCUCCAAGGGCAGAAGCCAAGGAGAAGGAGAAGAAGACCGAAGACCAAGGGGAAAAGAAACAAAGCCCCAAGGCCAAGUCACCUACCCUUGAUGGGAAAAACGCAACUGCUGCUCCCAAGGCUGAGGACAGCAAGGGGAAGGAAAAGGAGGCCACCACCAAAGCACCAUCCAAACCAGAACCGGAGAAAGAGGUGGAGAAAGGAAGCAAGGCACCUGGGCCAAAAUCUCCAGCCGAGGAAGUGAAAGCCAAGGCCCCAAGCCCACCGGCCAAGAAGGAAGCCGAGAAGGCCCAGGCCGAGGAGAAGAAAGAAGAACCCAAGAAGGAGAAAGCCGAGCCCAAGAAGGAGGAGAAAGAGAAACCCAAAGCAGCAGAGAAACCCAAAGAAGAAGCUCAGAAGACCUCAAGCCCCAAAGAGUCUCCCACGGUGGAGGGUCCCAAAGAGCCCCCAAAGGCAAGCAAGACGGAGAAAGCCGAAAAGUCAUCCGGGAUGGAGCCCAAAGACAGCAAACCCGCCGAAAAAGAAGAGAAGACCAAGAAAUGA